AUGUACUCAAGUGAGACCUCCAUGACAUCAAGCCCACUUGGCUCCAUCUCUCCUCGUAGCCUACCGAAGCACAAAUUCACACUAGAGGACGACAACAAGCUCAUUGAUAUCAUCCAACACAUUGGAACAAGCUCUUGGGAUGAGAUCGCCAAACGUAUGGGUAACAGAAACAAGCGCCAGUGCAAGGAGCGUUGGGAGAACUACCUAUCCCCAGAGAUUAACAGUGAACCCUUUACCGAACAAGAAGAUAACCUUCUUCUAGCCAAAGUAAAGGAAAUUGGUACAAAGUGGGUUGCUCUUAAGAAGUAUUUCAACAAGAGAACCGAUGCAGCCCUUAAGUAUAGGUGGCAAUUGCUCGAUAGAAAGAUCAAGAAGCAAGAAAAGCUCGAAUCCAGACGCGGAAAGCAAUGCCACACAAUGGUCAACAAGCCAUCUCCUGCCAAAGUGCAACUCUCUACUCCAGUUUCAGAGCCUGUUAUUGGAGAAUUUAAACCAUUGUCACAGCAGCCGAUGUGUGAAAAUCCACAAUUCAUUAUGCCAAUACAAGCAUGGCCAUACCAGGUCCAGGAAGCUCCUGUUCCCGCUUAUAAUGAGAUCAAUGACUACGAUCUUGUAGAAUCUGAGCUUAAUGAUAGCUAUAUGGAGAUUUUGUAA